ACACCAUGUCACCGAGUAAAUCAUAAAGAAAAAGUUUUAUUGCUUGGUGAUCAUGUUGAUGUUUCUCUACACGCAGUCUGAUGUCAUGCAUUUUGUUUUUGUGAGGUUCAGAGAUCAGAAACGUUCAGACGGUUUCCUGUAAAUCAUUCACGUGCGGCUUCACGGAAACAGGAGGAACGCGUGACGUAGGUGGCGCAGUUUCUCCACCAGGACUUCGGAGAUAAACGCAAGAAUUUCAUCUCUCGUUCUGCUUGAAUUCCUUUUCGGUCAUGAUGAAGCCUGCAAAGGAGAACCGGAGAAAAGAAUCGGAAUAAUAUUGAAGCAGGUGUUUGUGUUUCUGGGAGAAUGUCGGGGGAGUGUGAGGAAAUCAGAACUCCUGAAAUUAGUCUAAUAAAGGACGAGUGUGCGAGUGAAAGAGAAAAUAUGGAAAGACCAAUAUCACCUGUAACCAGCUGUGUGUCCAUUAAGAGCGAUCAGUCAAUGCCAUUAUCAAUCAACUUUAAGGAGAAAACACCUGCUCAGGAAAGAGAAACUGAAGAAAGACCAAAUUCACCCGAAUCCAGCUGUUUGUCCUAUAAAAGUGACCAGUCCAAGCCACUGUCUAUCAACUUUAAAGAUAACUCUGAGGAAAGAGGAACUGAAGAAAGAGCAAAUUCACCUUUACAAAGCUGCGUGUCCUUUAAGAGUGACCAGUCAAAGCCACUAUCUAUCAACUUUAAUGAUGGAACAGGCGCUCAGGAAAGAGGAACUACAAUACCACCAAAUUCUCCAAUAUCCAGCAUGGUGUCCUUCAAGAGUGAUCAAUCCAAGCCACUCUCUGUGAACUUCGCAAAGGAAACAGACUCCCAGGAAAUUCAUUUAUCUUUAUCUUCAGAGGGUGAUCAGCCUCUCAGUGGAACUGAUGAGAGGUCAAAUUCUCCUGAAUCCAGAUGUGUGUCUUUAAAAAGUGACCAAUCCAAACCACUCUCUAUUAACUUUAAAGGAGGGAAGAAAUCUCAGAAAAGAUCUAAGAAAAGUCCCAAAUCUUCAGUAUCUAAAUGUCAUUCCCUGAAGAGCAACCAAUCAAAGCCACUCUCUAUCAACUUUAAUGAAGGAGCAAGAUCUCCAGAAAGACAACUUUCCUCUUCAUCUUUAUCGCAACUACAACAAACACUGAACACUGACAGAACAACAGGAAUAAACUCUAAGGACAGAGGUCAUCAACCGGAGACUCCUGCGAGAAAAAAACCUGACAAAUUAGAGAAGAAAUGUACAGACUUUCUCUACAACAUCUUUAAUGAUCUCGAGAAUAAAAUGAUUGUGUUUAUUAAACAUGAGCUGGAGAUGUUUAAGAAACUCCUCAGAAAAGAAAACACAAAAUAUUAUGGGGAUGUGAGAGAUGAUCUGUGGAGUGUUAAAGAAGCAGCUCUUGAUAUGGCAUUGUACUUUCUGAAGUUGAUGGAUCACAGUGACCUCGCUGAUGCACUCCAAGAUGCACUAAUAGGAAUUCAGCAGCGUGCACUCAAAUCAAACCUGUGUAAGAAAUAUCAACACGUAUGGGAAGGAAUUGCAAAGCAGGGAGAAACCAACAUUCUUAACAAGAUCUACACCGAUCUGUACAUCACUGCUGGUGGAGUUAAACAAAUGAAUGAACAACAUGAGGUGGGACAAAUUGAAAGAAAAAAAACGAGUGUAAAAACUGAAAAAAUUCAAAUGGAUCAAGAGGAACAAAUCGAGUGCAAGAACAUGUUUGAACCUCUACCUGAAGACAAACCCAUCAGAACCGUGCUGACACAGGGGGUCGCUGGCAUCGGAAAAUCCAUCUGUGUGCAGAAGUUUGUUCUAGACUGGGCAGAAGGGAACGAAUAUCAGGACAUCAAGUUCAUAUUCUCACUUCCUUUCAGAGAACUGAACCUGAAAGACAAGGACAAACUCAGUUUGAUGAAAUCUCUAUCAUUUUAUCCAGAGGUAAAAGGAAUGAGAUUCACAGACAGGUAUAAAAUGUUGUUCAUCUUUGAUGGCCUGGAUGAGUGCAGACUUCCUCUUGCUUUCUAUGAAAAUGAGAAGUGGACUGAUGUAUCAACACCAACCUCAGUGGACACUAUAAUGACAAACCUCAUUGCAGGAAAUCUGCUUCCUUCUGCUCUGAUCUGGAUAACCACUCGACCAGCAGCAGCUGCUAAGAUCCCUGCUGAACAUGUGGACCGGGUCACAGAGGUGCGUGGCUUCAAUGAUGAUCAAAAGGUGGAGUACUUCAGAAAGAAAAUCACUAAUGAGGGUCUGGCCAACAGAAUCAUUGAACGUAUUAAAGCAUCAAGAAGCCUCUUCAUCAUGUGUCAUAUUCCAGUCUUCUGUUGGAUUUCAGCCACAGUUCUGGAGGGGAUUUUGGAGACAACAGAUAGUGAAGACAUUCCACAGGCUGAGACUACAGAGGUUCAGACUCCAGACACUCAGACCCCACAAACUCUGACGGACAUGUACACAUGUUUUCUGAUCUUUCAGACUGUACAGGGGGAAAAGAAGUACAGUAGAAAAAAUGCCUCAGACAUUCCGUGGGAUAAAAAGGGAAUUCUUUCACUGGGAAAUCUCGCAUUUAGUCAUCUGGAAAAGAACAAUCUGAUUUUCUAGCAAGAUCUAGAAGCCUGUGGAAUCGACCCCGAUAACAUAAAGGUGUAUUCAGGAGUGUGCACUCAGGAGACGGGCAGAUUUCUAGGCACAGUUUUCAGCUUUGUGCAUCUCAGCAUUCAGGAGUUCGUUGCUGCUUUAUUUACGUAUGUAAGUGUCAGGAAUGACAAGAAGAAUGUUUUUGAUGGACCAGAAGAGAAAGAAUUACAAGUUAUUGAUUUGCUCAAGACUACAGUAGACAAGGCUUUGGAGAGUGAAAAUGGACACUUGGAUCUUUUCCUCCGCUUCCUUCUAGGUCUCUCAUUAGAGUCUAAUCAGAAGCUCAUUCGUGGUCUGCUGACACACACAGGAACCAGUUCUGACUGCCAAAAGGACAUUGUUCAGUACAUCAAGUCCAAGUUUGAACAAAAUCCAUCUGCAGAGAGAUCUAUUAAUCUGUUCUACUGUCUAAAGGAGUUAAAUGAUGAUUCACUAGUGAAGGAGAUCCAAAGCUACAUGAACUCAGGAGGUCUCUCUGAAGCUGAACUCUCACCUGCUCAGUGGUCUGCUCUGGUCUUUGUGUUGCUGACAUCAGAGGAGGAAUUGGAAGUGUUUGCUCAGAAGUUCAUUAGAUCAGAUGAAUGCUUUAAGAGACUGAUACCAGUAGUCAAGGAAGCCAAAAAAGCUAUACUCAGUCAGUGUAACCUGACAGAGGGAAGCUGCUCAGCUUUUCACCCCGUUUUAAGCUCAGACUCUUCCAAUCUGACUGAGGUGGAUCUGAGCAGGAAUCCUCUGAAGAACGCUGGAGUGAAGGAGCUUUGUGCUGGACUGAAGAGUCCAAAAUGUAAACUGGAGAAACUGAGACUUUCAGACUGCAGUAUAACAGAGGAAGGAUACACUGCUCUGGCUGAAGCUCUGAAAUCAAACCACUCAUCAAAACUGCUGGAGCUGGAUCUCAGAGGGAACGACCCUGGAGCAUCAGGAGUGAAGCUUCUCACUGAGUUAAAUCUGGAUCCAAAAUUUAAACUGAGGCUGUUGAAAAGUGAGGAUGCAGAAAAGGCCUGUGUUUUUCUGAAUGAGAUUGUUGGUAAAAACCCUUUACUACAAAAAGAACUGGAUCUGAGUGGAAAAGUAUUAAAAGACUCCGAGGUGAAGCAGAUCUCUGCUCUACUGAAGGAUUUACACUGCAGACCUGAGAGACUCACGCUGAAGAACAGUGGAAUUACAGAUGAACACUGUUCUGUUCUGACUUCAUCAUUCCACUCAAAUCCUGAACAUAUAAAGGAAUUAGAUAUGAGUGAGAAUGAACUCAGAAACUCUGGAGUGCAGCCAGUUUGUGAUCUACUGAAACAUGAGCCCUGCAAGCUGGAGAUAUUAAGACUUUCAGACUGCAGUAUAACAGAAAAAGGAUACACUGCUCUGGCUGAAGCUCUGAGAUCAAACCCUACAUCACACCUGAUAGAGCUGGAUCUCAGAGGGAACGACCCUGGAGCAUCAGGAGUGAAGCUGCUCACUGAUUUACUACAGGAUCCACACUGUACACUGAACACACUGAGACUGGUGAAAAGUCCUGAAGCAGAGGAAGCCUGUAAAGAUCUGACUAAUGUUCUAAAUGCAAACCCGUUACUGCAGAAGGAUCUGAAUCUGAGUGGAAAAAUAGUAGGAGACUCUAAAGUGAAGCAGCUCUGUGCUCUACUGAAGGAUUCACACUGCAGACCUGAAAAACUCACACUGAAUAAAUGUGGUCUGAUGAUGGAAAGCUGUGAAGCUCUGGCUGAAGUUCUCACUUCAUCUCCCUGUUUUCUAACUGAGUUGGAUUUGAGUAACAACAGUCUCCAGAACUCAGGUGUCCAGCGAUUAUCUGAAGGACUGAAGAAUCAAAGCUGUUCUCUGAAGAUAUUAAGACUUUCAGACUGCAGUAUAACCGAGGAAGGAUACACUGCUCUGGCUGAAGCUCUGAGAUCAAACCCCUCAUCACACCUGAUAGAGCUGGAUCUCAGAGGGAACGACCCUGGAGCAUCAGGAGUGAUGAAGCUCACUGGUUUACAAAGAUAUUAUUCCAAACUGAAGACAUUGAGUUUGUUGAAAAGCCCUGCAGCACAGGAGGCCUGGACGUGGCUAAAUUCAGUUUUAGGUGAAAACCCUUUACUCCUAAAAGAGCUGAAUUUGAGCAUUAAGGAGACAGAAGACUCCACCCUCAGAGUGAAGCAGCUCUCAGCUCUGAUAGAAGACACACACUGUAAAUUUACAACAAUUAGACUGAAUCAGUGUAAUGUGAGUGAGGAGAGCUGUUCAGCUUUAGCCACAGCUCUCACAUUAAAGUCCUGUAGUGUGAGAGAACUGGAGCUGAGCAACAACAGCCUGCAGGAUUCAGGAGUCUCUCAGCUUUCUGCUGGACUCAAACACCAUCACUGUAAACUACAGGUUCUGAGGCUUAACACAUGUGAUUUAAUGGAGGGAAGUGGUUCAGCUCUGGCUGAAGUUUUUAAGUCGGAGCGUUCACAGCUGAGAGAACUGGAGCUGAGCAACAACAGCCUGCAGGAUUCAGGAGUCACUCAGCUUUCUGCUGGACUCAAACACCGUCACUGUAAACUACAGGUUCUGAAGUUUAAUAAAUGUGAUCUAACUGAUGGAAGCUGUUCAGCUCUGGCUGAAGUUCUCAGCUCUGAAGUUUCCCAGCUGAGAGAACUGGAGCUGAGCAACAACAACCUGCAGGAUUCAGGAGUCACUCAGCUUUCUGCUGGACUGAAGAAUCCACAGUCUCAACUCACAAUAAUGAGACUGUGUAACUGCAGUGUAUCAGCUGAAGGUUGUGCUGCUUUGGCUAAAGCUCUGGAAGAGAAUCGCUCACGUCUCACAGAGCUGCACCUGAGCGGGAAUAACGCAGGAGACUCAGGAAUAAAACACAUCUCUAAUCUACUACAGAAUCCACACUGUGUCCUGGAAAAACUCAUAGUAAAUGAUAAUAAUAUAAGAGAGGAAGGAUACACUGCUCUGGCUGAAGCUCUGAGAUCAUCACACCUGAUAGAGCUGGAUCUCAGAGGGAACGACCCUGGAGCAUCAGGAGUGAAGCUGCUCACUGAUUUACUACAGGAUCCACACUGUACACUGGAGACACUGAGGUUGGUGAAAAGUGGUGCUGCACAGGAAGGUUAUGAUUUACUGUAUAGAGUUCUGGGUAAGAACCCUUUACUGCAGAGAGAACUCACUGUGAAUGAGAAGAUACACGGAGACUCUCAGGUGAAGCAGAUCUCUGCUCUACUGGAGGAUUCACACUGCAGACCCGAGACACUCACGUUAAAUAAGAGCGGGAUGAGAAGUGAAGGUUGUGCUGCUCUGGCAUCAGCUCUGAGUUUAAACCCCUCACAGCUGAGAGAGCUGGAUCUGAGUGGGAACACACUGGGAGGAUCAGGGAUGAAGCUUGGUGGUCUGCUGAGGAACCAACAAUUUAAACUCCAGAAACUGUGGUUGUGUAAGUGCAGUCUGACUGAGGAAGAUUGUGCUGAUGUUGUAGCAGCUCUGAGAACAAACCCCUCACACCUCCAGGAGUUGGAUCUGAGUGAUAAUACAGUAGGAAGCAGAGGAGUGAAGGAGCUCUCAGAUCUACUGCAGAACUCCAACUGCACUCUGGAGAAACUGAAACUUUAUAAUUGUAGUCUGACAGAACAACAGUGUACUGCUCUGGCUGAUGCUCUGAAAUUAAACUCCUCAUCACAUCUGAAAGAGCUGGACCUCAGAAAGAACUUCACUGUGCCAAUGUGGAACAUUUUUAAGUAUUUCUUAGGAAAUUCAAACUCUAAAUUGUUUGUGAGAAUUUUAAAUGCUGAAGCAGAAAAGGCCUGUGAUUAUCUGACAAAACGUUUGAACAAAAACCCCUUACUGGAGAAAACUCUAGAUCUGAGUGGGAAAAUAUCUGGAGACUCAGAUGUGAAGCAGCUCUCAGUCCUACUGAAGGAUCCACAGUGCAGAACUGAGAAACUCAGGCUGAGGAACAGCAGUGUUACAGAGAGAAGCUGUACUGAUCUGAUAUCAGCUCUUACUACAAACCCUUCACACCUGACAGAGCUGGACCUGAGUGAGAACACACUGGGAAAUGCAGGAGUGAUUCAGAUCUCUACUCUACUGAAGACUCCAUCCUGCAAACUCCACACACUUCGACUUUCAGACUGUAAUAUUAAACAUGAAGGAUACGCUGCUCUGACUGAAGCUCUGAGAUCAAACCCCUCAUCACCCCUGAUAGAGCUGGAUCUCAGAGGGAACCACCCUGGAGAAUCAGGAGUGAAGGCGCUCAGGAAUUUAAUGAAUUAUCCUAAAUAUAAACUAAAGACACUGAGGCUGCUGAAAAGUCCUGAUGCACAGAAAUCUGACCUUCAUCUGAGGGAAGUUCUGGGUAUAAACCCGAUACUGCAGGCGGAUCUCGAUCUGAGUGGGAAAAUAGAAGGAGACUCAGGAGUAGAGCAUCUCUCUGCUUUACUGAAGGAUCCACACUGCAGACCUGAGAAACUUCAGCUCAGUGAGUGUAAUAUGACAGUGAAAGGAUGUUCAGCUCUGCUCGAGGCUCUCAGAUCAGAAUCCUCCACCCUGAGGGAGCUGAAUCUGAGUAAGAACAGGAUUCAGGAUUCAGGAGUGAAGCUGCUCUCUGCAGAACUGAAGAGGAAACACUGUAAACUGGAGACUGUGAGACUUUCAGACUGCAGUAUAACAGAGGAAGGAUACACUGCUCUGGCUGAAGCUCUGAGAUCAAACCCCUCAUCACACCUGAAAGAGCUGGAUCUCAGAGGGAACGAACAUGGAGAAUCAGGACUGAUGAAGCUCAUAGAGAUACAGAAGGAUCGAUAUCACAAACUGGAGACACUGAGCUUGUUGAAAAGUGCUGAUGCAGCAGAAGCCCUCAGAUCUCUUAGUAAGAUUGUAGGUGAAGACCCCCUACUGCACAGGGAACUGGAUCUGAGCAGGAAAACACCUGGAGACGUCAACGUAAAGAAUCUCUCAGCUCUGCUGCAGGAUCCACAUUACAGACUGCAGAAACUUACGUUGUAUAAAGAAGGCAGUAUUAAAGAGGAUGAUUGUGUAGGUUUGUUUUCUGCUCUGGGUUUAAAUCCUUCACACCUGAGAGAACUGAAUCUAAACAGGAAUAAACCAGGAGAAUCUGGACUGAGAAAUCUGUGUGAUUUCCUGAAGAAUCCUGAAUGUAAACUACAGAAACUACAGCUGAGGAACAGCAGUGUUACAGAGAGAAGCUGUACUGAUCUGAUAUCAGCUCUUACUACAAACCCUUCACACCUGACAGAGCUGGACCUGAGUGAGAACACACUGGGAAAUGCAGGAGUGAUUCAGAUCUCUACUCUACUGAAGACUCCAUCCUGCAAACUCCACACACUUCUACUUUCAGACUGUAAUAUUAAACAUGAAGGAUACGCUGCUCUGACUGAAGCUUUGAGAUCAAACCCCUCAUCACCCCUGAGAGAGCUGGAUCUCAGAGGGAACCACCCUGGAGAAUCAGGAGUGAAGGAGAUCAGGAAUUUAAUGAAUGAUCCUGAAUAUAAACUGAAGACACUGAGGCUGCUGAAAAGUCCUGAUGCACAGAAAUCUGACCUUCAUCUGAGGGAAGUUCUGGGUAUAAACCCGAUACUGCAGACGGAUCUGGAUCUGAGUGGGAAAAUAGAAGGAGACUCAGGAGUAGAGCAUCUCUCUGCUUUACUGAAGGAUCUACUGAAGGAUCCACACUGCAGACCUGAGAAACUUCAGCUCAGUGAGUGUAAUAUGACAGUGAAAGGAUGUUCAGCUCUGCUCGAGGCUCUCAGAUCAGAAUCCUCCACCCUGAGGGAGCUGAAUCUGAGUAAGAACAGGAUUCAGGAUUCAGGAGUGAAGCUGCUCUCUGCAGAACUGAAGAGGAAACACUGUAAACUGGAGACUGUGAGACUUUCAGACUGCAGUAUAACAGAGGAAGGAUACACUGCUCUGGCUGAAGCUCUGAGAUCAAACCCCUCAUCACACCUGAAAGAGCUGGAUCUCAGAGGGAACGACCCUGGAGAAUCAGGAGUGAAGAAGCUCAUAGAGAUACAGAAGAAUCACAAACUGGAGACACUGAGCUUGUUGAAAAGUGCUGAUGCAGCAGAAGCCCUCAGAUCUCUUAGUAAGAUUGUAGGUGAAGACCCCCUACUGCACAGGGAACUGGAUCUGAGCAGGAAAACACCUGGAGACGUCAACGUGAAGAAUCUCUCAGCUCUGCUGCAGGAUCCACAUUACAGACUGCAGAAACUUACGUUGUAUAAAGAAGGCAGUAUUAAAGAGGAUGAUUGUGUAGGUCUGUUUUCUGCUCUGGGUUUAAAUCCUUCACACCUGAGAGAACUGAAUCUAAACAGGAAUAAACCAGGAGAAUCUGGACUGAGAAAUCUGUGUGACUUCCUGAAGAAUCCUGAAUGUAAACUACAGAAACUACAGUUGUGUAAGUGCAGUCUGACUGAGGAAGAUUGUGCUGAUGUUGUAGCAGCUCUGAGAACAAACCCCUCACACCUCCAGGAGUUGGAUCUGAGUGAUAAUACAGUAGGAAGCAGAGGAGUGAAGGAGCUCUCAGAUCUACUGCAGAACUCCAACUGCACUCUGGAGAAACUGAAAAUAAAUAACUGCAGUCUCCUGCAACAACAAUGUGAAGAUCUGGCUGAAGCUCUGAAAUCAAAUUCCUCUUUAAUAGAGCUUCAUCUCAGACAGAACGACCCUGAUUCAGUCCUGAUCCUGCUUCAUUACUUACACAAUUCUAAUCACAAACUAAACCUGAGAAUUGUGAACAAUCCUGAAGCAGAACAGGCCUGUGAUCAUCUGACUGAAGUUCUGGGUACAAACCCCUUACUGCUGAAAGAACUGGAUCUGAGUGGGAAAAUCUCUGGAGACUCAGGAGUGAAGCUGCUCUCUGCUCUACUGAAGGAUCCACUGUGUAGAAGUGAGAAACUCAGGCUGAGGAACAGCAGUGUUACAGAGAGAAGCUGUACUGAUCUGAUAUCAGCUCUUACUACAAACCCUUCACACCUGACAGAGCUGGACCUGAGUGAGAACACACUGGGAAAUGCAGGAGUGAUUCAGAUCUCUACUCUACUGAAGACUCCAUCCUGCAAACUCCACACACUUCUACUUUCAGACUGUAAUAUUAAACAUGAAGGAUACGCUGCUCUGACUGAAGCUCUGAGAUCAAACCCCUCAUCACCCCUGAUAGAGCUGGAUCUCAGAGGGAACCACCCUGGAGAAUCAGGAGUGAAGGAGAUCAGGAAUUUAAUGAAUGAUCCUGAAUAUAAACUGAAGACACUGAGGCUGCUGAAAAGUCCUGAUGCACAGAAAUCUGACCUUCAUCUGAGGGAAGUUCUGGGUAUAAACCCGAUACUGCAGACGGAUCUGGAUCUGAGUGGGAAAAUAGAAGGAGACUCAGGAGUAGAGCAUCUCUCUGCUUUACUGAAGGAUCUACUGAAGGAUCCACACUGCAGACCUGAGAAACUUCAGCUCAGUGAGUGUAAUAUGACAGUGAAAGGAUGUUCAGCUCUGCUCGAGGCUCUCAGAUCAGAAUCCUCCACCCUGAGGGAGCUGAAUCUGAGUAAGAACAGGAUUCAGGAUUCAGGAGUGAAGCUGCUCUCUGCAGAACUGAAGAGGAAACACUGUAAACUGGAGACUGUGAGACUUUCAGACUGCAGUAUAACAGAGGAAGGAUACACUGCUCUGGCUGAAGCUCUGAGAUCAAACCCCUCAUCACACCUGAAAGAGCUGGAUCUCAGAGGGAACGACCCUGGAGAAUCAGGAGUGAAGAAGCUCAUAGAGAUACAGAAGAAUCACAAACUGGAGACACUGAGCUUGUUGAAAAGUGCUGAUGCAGCAGAAGCCCUCAGAUCUCUUAGUAAGAUUGUAGGUGAAGACCCCCUACUGCACAGGGAACUGGAUCUGAGCAGGACAACACCUGGAGACAUCAACGUGAAGAAUCUCUCAGCUCUGCUGCAGGAUCCACAUUACAGACUGCAGAAACUUACAAUAUGGAACAGUAUAAGUGAUGAAUCCUGUGCUGAUGUGGCUUCAGCUCUCUGUACAAAUCCAUCACACAUCAGAGAUCUGGAUCUGAGUGAGUGUAAACUGGGAGACUCAGGAGUGAAGAAACUCUGUGAUCUACUGAAGAAACACGAGUGUAAACUGGAGAAACUGGAAUUAUGGAACAGUAUAAGUGAUGAAUCCUGUGCUGAUGUGGCUUCAGCUCUCUGUACAAAUCCAUCACACAUCAGAGAUCUGGAUCUGAGUGAGUGUAAACUGGGAGACUCAGGAGUGAAGAAACUCUGUGAUCUACUGAAGAAACACGAGUGUAAACUGGAGACACUGCGAUUACAGAACAGUAUAAGUGAUGAAUCCUGUGCUGAUGUGGCUUCAGCUCUCUGUACAAAUCCAUCACACAUCAGAGAUCUGGAUCUGAGUGAGUGUAAACUGGGAGACUCAGGAGUGAAGAAACUCUGUGAUCUACUGAAGAAACACGAGUGUAAACUGGAGACACUGCAAUUACAGAACAGUAUAAGUGAUGAAUCCUGUUCUGAUGUGGCUUCAGCUCUCUGUACAAAUCCAUCACACAUCAGAUAUCUGGAUCUGAGUCUGUGUAAACUGGGAGACUCAGGAGUGAAGGAACUCUGUGAUCUACUGAAGAAACACGAGUGUAAACUGGAGAGACUGGAAUUAUGGAACAGUAUAAGUGAUGAAUCCUGUGCUGAUGUGGCUUCAGCUCUCUGUACAAAUCCAUCACACAUCAGAUAUCUGGAUCUGAGUGAAUGUAAACUGGGAGACUCAGGAGUGAAGAAACUCUGUGAUCUACUGAAGAAACACGAGUGUAAACUGGAGACACUGCGGUUGGUGAAGUGCAGUAUAACUGAAGGAGGAGCUGCUCUGACUGAAGCUCUGAGAUUGAACUCCUCACAUCUGAAAGAACUGGAUCUGAGCGAGAAUGAACUAAAAGAUUCAGUUCUACAGGAACUCCAGGAGAUUCUACAGAGUUCAGGAGGAAAACUACAGAGUUCAGGAGCAAAGAUACAAUAUCAUAAGUCAUGGACACAAACAUUUACAGGAGCUGGUGCUGCUGUCUGGAGUCUGGUGUCUGGAAUCACUGGUAUUAAAUCUGAUGAACAGACAACUUCAAAACCUAAAUCCUUUACAGUGCAGAAAGAACAAAGAGAAGGAUUAAAACAAACACAACAGAGUGGAAGCAGUGUGGACAGUAAUGUAGGAUGCAGUAUGGAAGAUGCUUCCCCUCAGGGUACCCUCAGGCUGCUGAAAAGUCCUGAUGCACAGAAAUCUUACCUUCAUCUGAGGGAAGUUCUGGGUAUAAACCCGAUACUGCAGACGGAUCUGGAUCUGAGUGGGAAAAUAGAAGGAGACUCAGGAGUAGAGCAUCUCUCUGCUUUACUGAAGGAUCCACACUGCAGACCUGAGAAACUUCAGCUCAGUGAGUGUAAUAUGACAGUGAAAGGAUGUUCAGCUCUGCUCGAGGCUCUCAGAUCAGAAUCCUCCACCCUGAGGGAGCUGAAUCUGAGUAAGAACAGGAUUGAGGAUUCAGGAGUGAAGCUGCUCUCUGCAGAACUGAUGAGGAAACACUGUAAACUGGAGACUGUGAGACUUUCAGACUGCAGUAUAACAGAGGAAGGAUACACUGCUCUGGCUGAAGCUCUGAGAUCAAACCCCUCAUCACACCUGAAAGAGCUGGAUCUCAGAGGGAACGACCCUGGAGAAUCAGGAGUGAAGAAGCUCAUAGAGAUACAGAAGAAUCACCAACUGGAGACACUGAGAUUGUUGAAAAGUGCUGAUGCAGCAGAAGCCCUCAGAUCUCUUAGUAAGAUUGUAGGUGAAAACCCCCUACUGCACAGGGAACUGGAUCUGAGCAGGAAAACACCUGGAGACGUCAACGUGAAGAAUCUCUCAGCUCUGCUGCAGGAUCCACAUUACAGACUGCAGAAACUUACGUUGUAUAAAGAAGGCAGUAUUAAAGAGGAUGAUUGUGUAGGUUUGUUUUCUGCUCUGGAUUUAAAUCCUUCACACCUGAGAGAACUGAAUCUAAACAGGAAUAAACCAGGAGAAUCUGGACUGAGAAAUCUGUGUGAUUUCCUGAAGAAUCCUGAAUGUAAACUACAGAAACUACAAACAUGUAAAAUCUUAUCUGAUGAAUCCUGUGCUGAUGUGGCUUCAGCUCUCUGUACAAAUCCAUCACACAUCAGAACUCUAAAUCUGAGGUGGUGUAAACUGGGAGACUCAGGAGUGAAGAAACUCUGUGAUCUACUGAAGAAACACGAGUGUAAACUGGAGAAACUGCGGUUAAAGCAGUGCAGGAUCUCUGAUGGAAGCUGUUCUGCUCUGACUGAGGCUCUGAAACUUCAUUCACAUCUGAAGGAACUGGAUCUGAGAAACACUAAAGUAAACGAUGCAGUGAAAAAGCAGCUCUCUGAGAUCCUGGAGCGUUCAGGAGGCAGCCUGAUAACUGAUAAAUUAUCAUGGAUGAAAUCAAAACUGCCUCGACCUGGUAAAAAGCAAGAAACGGCAACAUCAGACCCAAAGUCCUCUACAGCACAGGGUGAAGAAAGAGAGGGGGAAAUGCAGAACACUGAACCAGGAGGAAGUGAUGUGGACAGUAAUGCAGACAGCAGUGAGGAUGAGGAUGAUGAUGACAGCCAGCAGGACCAGGACAGUAAAGGAACAGACAUUGAUGUCUAUAUUCCAGAUCCUCAGACUGUAGAGACUUCUCUAUGAAAUCAGAAACAGUAGUAUUCAAGUGACUACCAGUCAAUUAAGAGGGAACAAAAAAAACACAUCUACACAAGCAAACGCAACUUCAAACCACUAAACAAAAUGUUUUAGAUAAGAAGCAGAGAAAUCCUCAGCAGAACCCAGCAGAUGUCCCUCAUAAAAUCAUUCUGACUGACUCCUGUUUUAGUAAAUCCACUGGCCAAGUGGUAAACACAGUAUUAAACCGUAAAAUACUUCACAAAGCAGGUGUUCGCUUUCAGUCAUGAUCUGGUUUCUGGCCUUUUCACCUUUCAGAGAGGAACAAAGUGAACGUGUGUCUGUUCUUCUUUUUCACUGCAUAAUUAAAUGACAUACUGACAAUGUGGAAUCGAACAAAUAGCCUUUAACCUACUUCUCUUUUUCACAAUCUCAAACUGAAAGGCUCAUUUCUAAGACAUGCAUAAUUAUGUGUAAAUAAACUUCUUUUUAACA